GGACGGACAGAUCCCUCAGCUGCGGCUGUAUGAUUGAGGAGUAGCUAUGGCUGAAAUCUCCACCCUCACCCCCUCCCCUCCCAGUAUGAGUGACCAAUCAGUGCCUGCUCCCUCCAGCCCACAGCCUCUCCCUUCAGAAACUCCCAUCCCAAAAUCUUCUCUCUACGGGGACCGAGCCGUAAUGGGAAACCCAAUGUUACAGGCAGGUGGAAAAAACUCUUCAUCUUGGGAGCCCACACCUGGCCAAAACAAUGCAGCUGCCUCUUCAACAGCAACAAAGAGUGCUGUUGAACCACCAGUAGAGGUACUAGCUGCUACAGAUACAGAGUCUAAUGGGAAAAGUGAUUUCAUUGGCCAAACAGAACGGCACACUGAAGCACAGGGCUCAGAGCAGGAACAGCAGAUGCCUCUGUCGCCUGAACUUAAUCCCAGUCCUAAUCUGUAUCCCAUCGUUCAAGUCAGCCAGAAUUCCAGUCCUGCUCCCCCCAUGGACGUUCCUUCUCAGUUUACCCCUCCUCCCGUUCCAGUCUCCAACCCGGCCCCCUCUUCACAAGAUUCCAGGCAAACAGAAGCACAAACAGCCCAACAGCCUGAGCCCAUCCAAAACCCCGAACCCAACAGUCCCAGCACUGAUAAGAUGACCCCUGAGCCCCCCUGCACACCCUCCAGGGCCGAACCCCCAGCCGUACUGGUGCAGGAGUCUGGUGGGUCCAUGUUUCUGCCCUCCACGUACAGGCGUCCAGCCCCGGACACGCUCAGCUACCUGGAGUCGGCCAGCCUGAUGUCAGGAACUCUGGAGUCUCUGUCAGGGCUCGGCGAGGACGGCAGCUCGGUGGGGUCAGACUCGGAGAUCAACGGUCCAGUGAGGCGUACUGAUAAAUAUGGCUUCCUGGGAGGAGCGCAGUACAGUGAGGGAAGAGACCGAGUGAAGGCUGAAGUUAACGAGGCAGAAAUCGCUGUGGCAGUGGCGAGACAGAGAGAGAUGAAAUGGCUGGACAUGUUCAGAAACUGGGACAAAUGGGUAUCCCGGCGCUUUCAAAAGGUUAAAAUCCGCUGCAGGAAAGGAAUCCCUUCCUCUCUCAGAGCUAAAGCCUGGCAGCUGCUUUCCAACAGCCAGGAGCUCCUCGAAUCCAAUCCAGGAAAGUUUGAGGAGUUGGAGCAAGAGCAGGGAGAUCCAAAGUGGUUGGACAUCAUAGAGAAGGACUUGCACAGGCAGUUCCCGUUUCAUGAGAUGUUUGCUGCUCGGGGAGGACAUGGGCAGCAGGACCUGUUCCGUAUACUGAAGGCCUACACAAUCUACCGGCCGGAUGAAGGCUACUGUCAGGCCCAGGCACCAGUGGCAGCAGUGCUGCUCAUGCACAUGCCCGCUGAGCAAGCCUUCUGGUGUCUUGUGCAAAUCUGUGAGAAGUUUUUGCCUGGCUACUACAGCGCUGGGUUGGAGGCUAUCCAGCUGGACGGAGAGAUUUUUUUCUCUCUUCUGAGGAGAGUGUGUCCCAUGGCUUACCGUCACCUGAAGAAAUUUAAGAUCGACCCCAUCCUGUACAUGACAGAGUGGUUUAUGUGCAUUUUCUCCCGUACGCUGCCUUGGUCUUGUGUCCUGCGUGUCUGGGACAUGUUCUUCUGUGAAGGAGUGAAGAUCGUGUUUCGGGUGGGUUUGGUGCUACUUAAGCAGAUGCUGGGGUCUGUGGAUAAGCUCCGUGAGGUGCAGGGCAUGUACGAGACCAUGGAGCGACUAAGGAACAUCCCCCCUGAAAGCAUCAAGGAGGAAGUUCUGGUGCAAGAGGUGGUCUCUCUGUCUGUGACGGAGGCCCUAAUCGAGAGGGAGUGCAGCAUUCAGGUGCGUAAGUGGCGGGAAUCUCGUGGAGAGUUGACCCACCAACCGAAUCGCCGUUUGCAUGGCACACGGGCCAUCUUCGAGCAGAAACACCGGGCUGCUGCGAUCAGCUCUGGCGGCAGCCUGUCAUUUCUAGGUGCUCAUAUCCCUCCCCCUGGACCCUUGCGUGCGUCAUCAAGCCUCCUGUCACUUCCUGGUCUUAGAAAGUCCAAGAUGCCAUUUCAUUCACAGAAUAAGAAGAGCUCCACCUCUGGCAGCUUGGGCCAGGAUAUCGUCCCAAUGCAGCCACUUGGGGGCAGUGCCAGUGCAGUAGCCUCAAAACCUCCAGUGCCGUCUGCCUCCAAUGCUGGAGCCGGUGGGCGUCCACCGGCACCCCAUGGGCCCAGUCCCCUAGCUACAACAUCUCCUACUACCAUACCACCGGCUCCAACUGCACACGCGUCCAGUGCGCACAUGCUCCAGCCGUCGCCUAAAGUUGUCUCUGAACAAAUCACCCCCACCAUCCCAUCACCCACCGCAAACAACUCCCCAUUACCCCCGUGCCCAGAUACUCCAAAAACGGCAGUAGAGGAAGACGGGAAAAAGAAAAAGAAAACCAAGGAGGACAAAAGACGGGAGAAAGAGGAGGAGAAGCUAAAAUCGCGGGAGAAGAAAGAUAAGGACAAGAAUGAGAAGGAAAGGCUGAAGAAGGAGAAGGAGAAAGCCGAGAAGGAGAAGAAAAAGGAGAAGGGGGGUAAGAAAAAAGACAAAGGGGGAGGAGGAGAGACAGAGGAGAAGAAUGGAGCUACAGCGGCGAAAGAUUUGGCCUAAUUCUGCCCCUUCAACAAGAAGAGGACAAGGAAUCGAAAUGGCUGCAGACUGGUGAAAAGAGACAAAGAGGGAAAGCGAACAAUCUCCUGUAACGUCCAUUUCAUCUCAAGUACUCACUUCACAAGGAUAACUGGAUCUCUGCAUCUGCCCCAUGCCUCUCAUUUGUCUGCACAGUGCUUUCACCCAAUGCUGCAACAGGAAGCAGUUCUUACUCAGCUUUUUAUUCAGCGUUUUUUUUUUUUUUGAAGUUGGAUACCUGAUUGAUUAGAUCAGCUGGAUAAUUAGUAGUCAAUUCUAGUGUACUGGGUGCCAUGGUGUACAUACAGUAGACCUCUAGCGCCGUCUGUGCCAGUCCAACCCCACAAUCCCCUUCUGUCCGUCACCCGAGAGGUGUCUCAACCAGAAUACCCGAAUAAAACAUUUCUGCAGCGUGAAAAGCGCGGCACUGUCUAGUAAUAAGUUAUGUUUUUAGUGUUCUGGAGGACCUAUUUAUUCAUCGUACUGUUGCUUGUUAGUGUGUGUUCUUGUAUGUCUGUGCCUUGGCAGUGUAGUGAAUUGUCAGUCUCGUGCAGCACACGGGUCUUGUCUUUCUUUUCUGUUUUCAGUCUCCUUUCAAAAGAGCUUUUCUUUCCUGUUGUGCUCUGGUAGGAGGAAUUAAUAAGUGUUGGGGGGAGUGGAAGAGCAAAAUUGAACUGAGGGAAUGUGUUCUCUUUCAAAACUGUGGAAAAAGCCACUUUUAACUAUCCAUUUAACAAAAGUUUGAAUAUCCGAAUUAACAUAAUUAAUAAGGAAAUCA